AUGAAAACGAGUUGGAUCACCUCAUGUGUGUGGCCUAACCAUGUAAACAUCAGCUGUUAAUCAGUCGGUAGUGUUGUAGAUAUCAGUAGUCCGAGACAUCUGGACGAUAUAGACAUCAAGAUGAGAUCCGUUACGUGCACGGCGCCUGUCAACAUAGCUGUCAUCAAGUAUUGGGGUAAACGAGAUGAAACUCUCAUUCUACCAAUCAACUCUUCCCUCAGUGUCACACUGGGACAAAAUGAGCUGAGAGCCAAAACAACUGUUGCUACAAGUAAAUCCUUCAAAGAAGACAAGAUAUGGUUAAAUGGAAAAGAACAGUCUGUUGAGUCUCCAAGAAUACAGAAUGUUUUGAAAGAAAUUCGUCACCGAACUCGGAAGCGGUCAACUGGGGACGUACGUGAUGAAACAUUAAACAUGAAGGUUCACAUCUGUUCGGAGAAUAAUUUCCCCACAGCAGCAGGUCUUGCUUCAUCAGCUGCUGGAUAUGCCUGUCUAGUCUAUUCACUGGCCAAGUUGUUUGGUGUGAAAGGAGAGAUUUCUGAAGUUGCAAGACAAGGGUCGGGCAGCGCCUGUCGGAGUGUGUAUGGUGGCUUCGUGUUGUGGGACAUGGGGAAGGAUGAGAGCGGGAAGGACUCACUUGCCAAACAAGUUGCUCCUGCCGAUCACUGGCCACAACUCCGGAUUCUCAUUCUGGUGGUGAGUGACCAGAAGAAACACACCAGUAGCACAGAGGGGAUGCAGACCAGUGUGAAGACAAGUGAGCUGCUGCAGAAGAGGGUGGACGUUGUGCCACAGAGGGUAGAAGACAUGGUGGACGCCAUUGACAACAAAGACUUCCAGAAGUUUGCAGAAAUUACAAUGAAGGAGAGUAACCAGUUCCAUGCUGUAUGUCUGGACACGUACCCACCGAUCUCCUACAUGACCGACACCUCCAGACAGAUUGUGAGACUGGUCCAUGCCUUCAACAAACAGUGCACAAACACAAAGGUUGCGUACACAUUUGAUGCUGGACCAAAUGCCUGUUUGUAUUUAUUGGAAGAGGAUGUGGCAAGAGUUGUGUCCCUUAUUAAAUACUACUUUCCUACAAGUGAUAACAAUACUGACCUUGAAGUUCGGGGACUGAGUGUGGAGUCAUCAUCUGUAGAAGAACACAUUAAUAAUUUUGACAUGCCCCAGACUCCAGAUGCAAUCAAGUAUAUCAUUCAUACUCAGGUUGGUGAAGGUCCCCAGGUCGUGGAGGACUCCAGUGAAUGUUUGCUCGACAUCCAAGGUCUCCCUAUACAUCUUGCCUCCUGAUGGACCACAGUCUUCCACUCAUCACUUUGUCCAGACAAAUAGUGCUUCAGAAUUUCAAUACAAAUCAUCUUUGCAUUUCUGAGACUCUUUCUUCUGGACGUCUUCCACUGUUAUUGGUUUACUUGUCUAAGUAGCACCUAAUGUGUUUCCAAACCCUCACAGUGGAGGUAUUGUUACAAGUACUGGUUGGACCUAAUGUGUUUCCAAACCCUCACAAUGGAGGUAUGUUACAAGUAUUGGCACAUACACAAACAUCUCAUGUCUUCCAUAGUCAUUGUAAAAUGUAUGGUAUGAUUGUUAUCAGAGUAACUAUGUCUGACUGAAGAUUGAAAUAAAAUAAUUUGUUAUUACAGAA